ACAUUAUGGAAGUGAUGUUUGGAAAGUUUCCCUGACAUCCCCUAUCCAAUUUCACAAAGUAAUAUUUACUUAAAUAUGUACACAUAAAACCUAGCACAGUCUAGCACUUAAACAUUUCAAUAACUUCUGCCACAAUAGUCUAGAAAGGUACAGGUCUUGCUUAACCGGUAGGACAUGGCAAUAACUCUGGCAAGGUAAGGGGGACACCCACCGCUGCUACCCAAGAAUACAAUAUAAUGACUCCACCAUUGGAUCAUGUAACUUUAUUCCUAUACAAUUCAUAAAGUGCUCUGAUGGGCAACAAUCGUGCAGAUGUAAUGCAUACCGACCCAAUAAAGAAAAUGGUUGUGUGUGUGUUAGAUAUACCCUACUAAUCCCCUUGGAGGGAUUCAGUCUAUGGCUGCUCGAUUAUGGAAAAAAUCAUAAUAGUCAAUAAUAUUGAAAUCACGAUUACUUUUGAGUUUGAAAACAUGAUGUAUGUAUUCCGCAUGUCUCUCCUCCAAAACACUUUGAAACUGAGAACUUUGAAAUUUCGCCUUUUAAAAAAAUACACAUAAUGGUCAAAUAGAAAAUGUUCAAAUCUAAAAUAUUGUAUCCAGCUGUUCCUAAAAAAUAUUGAAUGAAAAAAUUAAAAUAAUAAUCGAAUCAAACAAAGUGAGAUGAAUCGCCCAGCCCUAAUUCAGUCUGCGUUGGAGCCGGCCUCCCAUGCCAUCACACCGCUGCUCCCCCUGAGCCGGCCGUUCUGUGGUCCCUGCAGUAUGGCUGACAAGCACAGCGUGCUGCGCUGCACCUUCUCCGCCCCGACCCACAGCGCCCUGCUGCUGCAGGGCCUGGCCGCCCUCCGGACCCGGGGCCAGCUGCUGGACGUGGUGCUGGCCGUCAAAGAGGAGCGCUUCCAGGUGCACAAGGCCGUGCUGGCCUCCUGCAGCGACUACUUCCGAGCAAUGUUCACUGGAGGCAUGAGGGAAUCGAACCAGGACACCAUUGAGCUCCAGGGCCUGUCCGCCCGGGGGCUCAAGCACAUCAUCGACUUCGCCUACAGCUCGGAGGUCACCCUGGACCUGGACUGCAUCCAGGACGUCCUGGGGGCGGCCGUGUUCCUGCAGAUGGUCCCCGUGGUGGAGCUCUGCGAGGAGUACCUCAAGUCGGCCAUGAGCGUGGAGACGUGCCUGAACAUCGGCCAGAUGGCCAGCUCCUUCAACCUGGCCUCGCUCAAGGAGUCGGUGGACGCCUUCACCUUUCGCCACUUCCUGCAGAUCGCCGCCGAGGACGACUUCCUGCACAUCCCCCUCGAGCGGCUGGUCUUCUUCCUGCGCAGCAACAAGCUGCGGAACUGCAACGAGAUCGACCUCUUCCACGCCGCAAUCAUUGAAGCUUCCAGAAACGGUGAAAAUGGCCGCCUUGUGGUCCGACCACAAGCUCAAACUAACAUGGCCAAGCCAGGGGGAUUCUGCCUCUGCAGAGGUUCUGGUUCGACACAUGGAAAACAAAACUGAGCCAUCGAGACAUAUUUUUUUUACACCUCGUCGCCCAAAAGGGCUGCCGGCCCACAAUGCCCGGUAUUCCAGAUGGUCAGUCCAGCCCUGCUCAGGACAACGUUUGCGAUUCACUUCCGGGAAAUCAUCUACGUAGAUGCACUCCUGCCGCGCCCCCAUAUGCCUGGUCAAACUGCCUGCUCGCGCGCUUCAAGGAAGGUAACCAAUCACAACGGAGUUGGGUUGGCAGGAGGGGGGCGAGGGGGCGGAGAAGGACGAAACCGAGCGUUGACAGAGAAAGCGCCCAGAUGAGAGGAAGAGUUUCCCGGAAAUCAACAUUGUUUUUUGUGUAUGGUUAAACAUGACUAUCAAUCAUUAUAACAACGUUUAUAGGUCAUAAAAGUCGAAAAAGCAUAAUAGGUCCCCUUUAAGAACUUUAUAUCAAUGAAAAUAAUGGUUGCUAUUUGCAUGGAGCAUGGAGCUGGUGGUGGAUUUCCGCAGGAGGAAAUCUGCCCCUACACCCAUCUCCAUCAACGGUGUGACUGUGGAUGUUGUCCAGGAUUACAAAUACCUUGGAGUAUACCUGGAUAACAAACUGGACUGGGCCAAGAACACCGAGGCUGUUUACAAGAAGGGCCAGAGUUGACUCUAUUUCUUGAGGAAGCUCCGGUCUUUCAAAGUAUGUAACAUCAUGCUGAGGAUGUUCUACCAGUCGAUGAUAGCCAGUGCCAUCUUUUUUGCAGUUGUGUGCUGGGGCAGCAGGCUGAGGGCAGCAGAUGCCAGGAAGAUCAGUAGGAUCAUCAGGAAGGCUGGCUCCAUCCUGGGGGUCCAGGUGGACUCUUUGGUGGUGGUGUCUGAGAGGAGGAUGCUGUGUAUACUGCACAAUAUCCUGGACAACAAUGCUCACCCUCUCCACCAGGUGCUGACCUCGAGCAGAAGCACCUUCAGCAACAGACUCAUCCUCCCCCGGUGUAACACAGAACGCCAGAGGAAGUCUUUUCUUCCUGUGGCCAUCAGACUGUUUAAUGCAACUACCUCCGGCUGCAGAAGGGACCGUGGAGACACUAUGCCCUGAGACCAAUGUCACUUUAUUUAUUUAUUUAAUUAUUUUUACCCAAUUUAUUUAUUUAAUCACUUAAGUUAAUUUAUGCUGCCAACAAUUGCUUCUAUAAUAUUUAUUUAUCACUUUACCACUUUUACCACUAAUACCACUUUUAUCUAAUCGCUCCUUUUCACUUAUUUAGUUUGUACUUAUUUUACUUCCAUCUAUUUUAUCUAUUUUGACUCUAACCCUGUAUUACUUUUCCACCUUUGUAUUGUAACUGUUGCACAAUAAUUUCCCCCGGGAUAAAUAAAGCAUCUUGAACUUGAACUUGAACUAAGAGAAAAAACAUGAGUUAUAGGCAUUUUCCCUAUGCCUAUUAUGUAUUCAAUUUCUACUAUGCCUGAAAAUAAAACGAAUCACACUCAUGCAUUUCCUUAAGAUAGGAUCUAAACGUACGCAUCAAAACGUGCGGUAAAGGAUGUAGAAACAGAUCAAAUAUUUAUAUUGUUAAGUAGAGAAGUGAAGUAACACAUCCAUGCAUGUACUCACUGGCUAUGUGGAAGUAUCCCAGCAAAAGUGACACAAAAAUGGCUUUCCCCCCCAUGUUGGUAUACAGACGACGAUUAAUGAGACCUGCGCCGAAGAGAAGCAGCGGAUAGUGCUAGUCUCAGACAACCUGGAGAACAAGAUUGAGCAGCUCAAGUAUACAGUAUUGUGACGUAAUCCUCUAGCAUGAUUCAUGGCACAGACUUAAUGGAAUUGCUCAACAAGGAUACUGGCACGUUUUCCAAUAUGAUUACAUUGUCUACGUAACAGCCAUUGUUUAUGGGCCCAAGCUUUAAAAAGGCACAGGGCAGUGUACACAAGGAAAUAUAAUAUAAAGCGUAUGUACAGUUUGUAGAUUGUGCCCUUUGUGUGAGAUUGUGCCCCUUGAUGUUUCGCUAAGAUAAGAUGAUGAAUGGUAAUUGAAGCAGGAGCUGGUUGCUGAGAAUCGGUAGAGUGGGAGGGGGGAUGGGAUCCCAACCCUAACCCUAGCUCAGCAGGGAUAAUAUUAUUAUAUUAUAAAUGUUACUGCAUUUACUCCAUUUUAGAUGUUGUAGUAACUUUGCUGUUGGAAACAUUAGUGUUUCUGCAUCAUGUCAUAUUUAAACUACAAAUAAAUUCUAAUGCUGUUCCGAAA